AGAAGUAUGAAUCUUGCAUGUUUUGUCAAUCAAUUGCAUAUUACUAAUAUUAUAUUCGAGUAAAAACCAACUUAUUACAGCAUUAUUGUUACCAAUGUGAAAACAACCUUAAUGUCAUAGAAAUAGAGAUCAAUGUUUUCUUAGCCAAAUUUCAAUAUCCUGGCAUAGGUAAAUGAUGGUUUACUAAAAAAAAAGUUACAAUGGAAAAUAUUUAAUUGAUUGGAUAAAUAAGAUUGAUAUAAAUAUCAGAAUGUUCAAUAUAUUGUUAAUAAUAUUAUUACAGAUUUAAAUUUUAUUAUAAGUUUGUUAUUUAUUUAGGCAAUUUAUUUGCCAGCGAGAACUGCUUUAGUUUUUUUUAAAAGGUUUGCUUUGGCGCCAAUUUCGAUGUUUUAAAAAAGUAACGCUGAUGAUUUUCAUAUUUGAUUGUCGAAUUUUCAUGUUUAAUGUAUCGAUACAUAUUGGAGGAGAAUUAAAUUAUUUUAAGUAAUACAAACUGAAGUCUUUCAAUGAAAGUUGUUUCAAACUCAGAAGCGGGAUCACUACGUGCGGUUUUCAAAGGCCGAGCCAUCUUUUUAAGGAAUAAACACCAAAUUAAUUGAGGAAAGUCCGUGACCUACGUAAGGUGUGGUAAGGUAUAGGUAACACUUUGGUGCAUUGUUCAAAAGAAUAAUAUUUUGAUUUUGACGAGAUGCGUGAGCAGCGUGAUCGACUGUCGUCGCGCUCCCGGUCGAGGACCAGGCAAAGGCGCGUAAAACGGACACGUUCGAGAUCUGAGCGGCGACAUCGCGGCGGUCUAGGCAGGGGCGUUCACAGUCUGAACGUUCACGGUCAGAUCGAAGUCUAAGGACGCCUUCGCGGUUCGAGCGACGUCGUGGCAAGCGGACACCGUCGGAGCGGAGCCGGCGCAAGCAGUUGCGGUCGGAGCAGCGCCGUAAAGAGGGGACGCUGACGGAACGAAGCCGACGCGAGCGGUCGGAGUCACAUCGAAGUCGGCGUGAGCGAUCGCAGUCUGAGCGGCGCGGUAGCGAGCAUAAGCGAGACAGAACUUGCAGAUCAAAAACGCGGCGUUCGCAUGCAAAUCGAAAAAGGUAUUCAAGUCGAUCGAGAAGUCGAGCAUCACGUAUGACAAACAAAUAUAACAGCGUAAUACGAUCUAGAUCGCGAGUACGAUAUUCUCGAUCGACUGAACGUUCAAUAUUGAAGUCACGCAGCACGAGACGUUCUGCGUCACGUCGAUUUAACUAUUCGAGAUCAGUUCUAUACUCGCGUGGUAGAAGUUAUUCUAGAUGUAAACGUAAUAGUAAUAAAGAGCAUCACAUGCGUUCUAAAUGUAAUAUGCAAAAUAGACGUCCAUAUCCUAUGCCUAAAAUUGAUUGUACUUCACGGGUGCCAAAUCCAGUUCCAGAGAACAAAUCACAGCUAGAUAAAAAUAAUACGAGUUUCAAUGAAAGUGAAAAGGUUGCAGUUACUGGAACGGGAUCAAUGGCAGCUGUGUCGGCUAAUGAGAGUGAUCAAUGUUCUUCUUUGACAAACAACCAGUUGUUAGAAACCCUUAACAAAACAUUGCAAACUAUGACAACUGUCGCAUCUAUGUCACAUUCUAAAGGAAAAUUUACUAAUCUAAACGUUGUACCAGAGUUUGACCCAAAUGUUAAGCACCAAACCAUAAUUAACUGGCUCAAUAAAGUCAAAGAAUGUGCGGAGAUAUACGGUUGGAAUAGUCAACAAACUGCACAUUACGCUCUCCCAAAACUUACCGGUACUGCAAAGCGAUGGUACGAAGGGCAACCAACCGUUUUACAUUCAUGGGAAAUUUGGGAAGAGAAGUUGAAAUUAGCCUUUCCGUCUAAUGAGAACUAUGGACACUUAAUAAAUGAGAUGAUAAAUAUAACAGCUAAGUUUGGUGAUAAUUUAGAAGAAUAUGUUUACGAGAAGUUAAAUGCACUUAAUCGUUGCCUGAUCACAAAUAGAAAUGCCGUAGAUUGUAUUGUUUAUGGUAUAGAGGACAGGUCAGUUAGAUAUGGUUGUGAGGCGGCCAGCUUCGAUACUACUGACAAAUUGUUAGGUUAUCUUAAAACUGUCAAGCACGAACGUAAUACUAAAUUUAUUAAACGAAAUUUUCUAAAAACAAGUGUAGAUUUAACACGGAAAAAUCAAAAAUCUCUUUUGAAAUGUUUCAACUGUAAUGAAACGGGUCAUACUAUACCUCUUUGUAAGAAACCAAAAAUAAAAUGCCAGAAAUGUCUACGUUAUGGUCACGAUGAUCCAAGUUGUUCAUUAGAAAUUUUAAAGAAAUUUAAGGUUUUGGACGUUAAAACAUUAUGACUGAGUC